UGCAGCCCUUCAAUCUCGUGUGAGCACAAUCUGAGCCAUUAUUAUUAGUAUUACUGGCGGGGAGCGAUGUAACUUUCACUGGGAGAAGAGAAAAAGAAAAAAAGAAUAAGAUCCAGUGUAACCAGUCCGCCACCUAGCUGCGGAGACGCGCCGACGAGGAUCCGUCGACUGUAUGAUUAUGAAAACACCCGCGCCAAUGUUGUUGCACAGUGGGCUCCGCGCUCCGGUGAGCCUGAAACUCGGUUUUUAGGAGGUGUUUUAACCUCCACUGGCCUCAGUUAUGUAAUCAAAGCAACAUCUAAUGCACCAAAAAAAAAAAGCAGCUCCGGAUUGCUGUUGGUGUGAAGGGGAAAGCAGGACAGCAACACCUUAACCUCAUGCCUAAACGCAGUUGGCUCCGGGACGCGCUCUCGGGUAAGUAGCCUACGUAGCCUUAUUACGGAUUUUCAUGGCAGUCCGUAUUAAUGUCUGCAGGCCUGUCAUCAGCACCGAGCAAACAGCACCGUAGGUUACUGGAAAGAUUGUGCAUCCGCGUUGCGCUAAUUUUAUCCCUUGUUGCUGAGUGUGUUUCUCCUCCUGUUCUCCGCGCACCGUGAUAUUUCUUAUUUCAAUGUUGCUGACACCAGCAGAAGGGCUGGCCAGAGGACAGAUAGAAGAGAAGGGGAAAAAGGUGGCUCGGGGACUAAAAGCCACAUCACAAACACUAUCGCAAGCACAUUUGGACGCUGCGUAGCAAACCCACUUCCAUGUUGACUUUAAAUUUGGGUUUGUUUUUUGGACGCGUAAUAAUACUGUUUCAUAUUUGGAUUAUGGACAUGGGAGUGACGACAACAACAACACGUGCAUGUGUGUAUCAUUUGUAAGUGCGACAGCAUCGGGCGGAUAGUGUUUUUCAGACGUGCGCAAAGUCAUUAUGGAGAAGGAAGCCCCUGUUGACGUCCUCAGCAAACCGGGGAGAGGUUGCUCCAGUGCGGUAACACCCCCACUGCCCAUACUGUACCUACAGUAGCAACAUCAGUCAACCUACGCAGCUGCGACCUGGGUACACAAUUUCAAGCCUAAAGGACAAGAGAGAGACCUUCCUUCGCUGGAUGACAGAGAGCAACUUUACUUGGACUAUUACAGGAUAUUCUUUUUGAAAUCUCCUGACCUACACCUACAUUCUGCGUUUUGCUCUUUGUCCCAACAACCUCACUGGGGUAAUUUUAAAGCGUUAUACUGGGAACCAUACAGCAUCCUGCCCCUCCCCCCUGACUUCUCUGAUGGACCAGAGAGUGAAGGGGGGAACCCCUACAACCACAAACUCCACUCUGGACCCCACCUCUGCAUCUGAAGAUUCUGAAGUGGCAGAUAAAAAGAAGAGGGGUGAGGGGGAGACAGGAGAUGUAGGGGAAAAGGAGGAGGAGAAAAGAGGAGCAGUUAAAAAGAGAGAAGGAGACAAGGGGGCAGUGCUGGAGUUGCUCAUCGAGGGGCGCUGUGGAAGCGCAGGGCAGCAACAGCUUCAGAUCUCUGGCAGAGAGACCAGCUGCCCCGAGGGGAAUGUACGUCUCCGGAUUGGACUCCAGGCCAAACGCACCAAGAAACCCCCCAAGAUCUUGGAGAGCUAUGUCUGCAAGCCCACCGUCAGGACCUAUCAGAGACAAGCCAGGGGGUACUGCUGAGGGGGAUGGAGAAGGAGGACCGCAGAAAAAAACCAGCUCCACUCCAGACGAGGCAACCGGAGAUCAACGCUCAGGCUUGGAUUCUCUCCAAACCACAUCCAAACAAACUCCAUCUGCUGCUUCACCACCGCUUGCAUCAUCGUCAUUAUCAUCAUCAUCAUCAUCAUCAUCAUCAUCUUCUUCAUCAUCGCAGCCACUGUCGUUAUCAUCAACAGCUUCCACGACAGCGUCAGUCCCUGCCAUAACCAGUCAAGGGACCAAGUCUACCAAACAGGUUCCUAUCAAACUGGCCGAUAGGACAGAGGUGAAUUCAAAUGGCUCGUCUGAGAGAGUGAAGAAAGAGAAGCUUCCCAGUGUCAACGGCAAGCCUGUCUCUGCAGGACACAAACCCUGCUCGCCUACAACAGACCAGACAGCUACAACUACUCCUUCCACCGCAUGCAUCCAAGCCCCAUCAGUAUCGGAAACCAGGAAUGAAGGGAAGACCUCCAAGAAACAUAAUGGUUUGGUUCAGACAGCAAAACAGAAGGGACUAUCUAAUGGGAAAGGCUCUGUCGACAUCCACGGCACUUCCACCUCACGGAAAAGCAAAGUUGCAAAACACAGCAGUUCCUCCCCUGUGUCCUCCAUGGAGUCCUCGACAAGACUUCCAGCCUUCACCACCUCCCAUAAAGAACCUAGCCUGUGCAGUAAGAGUAGACCAGACUCUCCUUCCUCUUCUUCAGUCACCCCUAAACCACAGUCCUCCCCCACUGUGGCUCUCUCCUCGGCCCAACCCCAAGAUCAGGAUCUCUCUCUACCGGCCCCACUAGAGAAAAAGAGGGACAAAGAGAGGAAGGCAAAGAAAGAAAAACGUAAAGACAAAAAAUCAAAGAGAGAUAGAUUGGAAGCUGGAAGAGCAAAGAGUCAGAGCAGAAAGGAGGAAGGCAAGAAGAAGAAAAAGGAGAAAGGGAAGGAUGGGAAAUCAAGGUAUGGCAAAGAAAAGGAAGAAGGACAUAGAACUGAUGAUAUGUGUAGGGAUGAGUUAAAGACUGACAGAGGAAAGGCAGAGAAAAAUAGGGAUAAGCUUAGCCCAGACAGACAAAGACCAGAGGAUAAUACAUUUGGUGAAACAGUUGAUCCUGGUAAACUAGAUAAAACCUGUAAAGUCGUGACUCCAGGCAGAUCAGAUGAGCUGGACAAGAUGGACGACAGUUGCAAGCCAGUUAAACAAGCUGAGCCAGCAACAGCAACAGGUGACACCAGUAAAUCAAAAGAACAAGAUGUCUCAAGACAUUCAACUGUGCCUCCAAGCCACCCCUCUUCUUCCGCUCCUCCCUCUCUGCCCACUCCCUCUGCCCGUGCCCCUGUUUCUCCCCCUUUUCCCAACCAAGAGCAGGACAGCCGUCCGCUUAAAAAACGUAAAGCCAGGCGGCCCAGCUGGACCAAGCUGGUGCACAGGGCUCAGAGGGCGGAAAAUCAGGAAGCCCUUUCAGAUUCCCAACAUAAUCCUUGUUUUCCCCAGAACCCCAAGACGCCCCUUCCUGCCAAGGCCAUUAUUCAUCAGACUGAUGAGUCACACACAGCUCCCUCUAGCUCCUUUAAUGGCAGCUCCUCCCCUCUCCUUUCUGCAACCAAACCUUCAUCCCCAAAGCAGAGUCAUCCCACAUCAGACCCUAGUCCCCCUGCUUCAAGAUGCACCAUAACCCCAGCCCGAAAAAGGGGACGCCCAAAAUCCUUCAGCUUUAUCUCAGAUGAACCUCCCAUUAGACAUUCAACAAAUGCCAUCCCAACUGAGGUGCCUCUUAAGGGGUGUGACAUAGUUCAAAAAGCCCCUGUGCUGGAGCCAAGUCCAAAACUGCAGUGCGCCACUCAGUCUAAAUCCAGCCCCAGGAAGCGUGGCCGUCCUCCCAAGCGACCCCUCCCCGAGGACCACAGUCAAGAUGAACUGAAUCGCACUGACAGGAGUAAAGAUUUUCACCCUCCUGAAAAGGGGAACAGGCAGCUAAAGAUCAGGAAGCUGAUUAAUGAGAUGAAGAAAAGGAAGAAGAGGAGACUUCACAAGGUAAUGUUGUCUGGGUAUGUGGGAAAGGAGGGAAGGGGAGAACAGGCAGCAGAUGGCGAGACCUCCAUGAGAAUGUGUAAAUCAAUAGAGGCGACAACAGUACACACACUCUCAGCCCUGUCCUCCUCCUUUGGGAGCAAGUUGGGCCCUCAGAUCAAUGUGAGCAAGAGAGGGACCAUCUACAUGGGCAAGAGACGAGGACGCAAGCCUAAAGCCCAAACAGCUAACGCCAACUCCCAGAACGCUACACAGUCGUCCCUGUUCACCAAUCCCUCUGAAACAUCCCUCUUCUCAUCUAACCAGCCUCAUUCCUCUCACCCAUUUCCUUCUCCAUCUCUCACCCACUCCAGUGGGGCCCAGAGCCCUUAUAGUGAAGGCAGCCUCACAGAACCAACAUCUUCCCUACUUUUUCCUCACCCUUUCUCCCUCCCUUCCCCAUCAUCCUCCUGUACCUCCCCCCGUCCUCCCUCCUCCUCAUCCCUCUCUCCCUUUGUGAAGAGGAGUUGUCCGUGUCAGGGAAGGCAUCACUUCCCCUUCCACCAGUCUUCAUGUAAGCUCUCCUGUCCCACCCCUCCCUUGCAUCACACACCAGGCUCUCCUGGCCACCUGAAGGAGGCCACCCCCUCCCCCAGAAGUGAGUCGCACAGCGAGGACACGCUGCCUAGCGACAGUGGGAUUGGAACGGAUAACAACAGUGUUUCUGAGCGAGCGGAGUUGAGGGGAGUUAGAGGCAUGUUCAGGUUCGGUCAGGGGUCAGGAGUUAUUCUGGGGGGUCAAAGGCACCACUCCUCUCUUGUGGACCAUCCCUCUCCUGUCUCCUCACCCCUCUCUCUAACGCCAAGACACACAAACCCCAUCACCAACUCAACUACUGUGGAGCGGCACAGAGACAGACACCGGCACAGGCGAAGGGAUUACGACUGUUCCUCUUCCUGUAAUUGCCUGUGCCCGUGCCCCUGCCCAGGACACAACAAGUGCACUCAUUUGGACUAUUACCCAUGCCUUGGACACAAUUCACUGAAGAGACAGAAAAAUAAACAUAAGAAGAAGCACCAGCAGCUGCACAUGCAGGAUCCAGAGUUUCUGGCCGAGCUAGAAGAUCUGAUCGGUCAGUUCAGCGAGGUCCACAUUGGACGGCGAAGUUGGGCGAGGUCAGGACCUGGACAGGGCUUUGAUGGGAGUAGGAAUGCUGCUGGGGGAAGACGUCAUCACUCCUCCUCCAACUCUCUCCGCUCCAACAUCUUCAGGAUCAAUCUGAAUGGCUUCUACUCUCCUCACCCUUCAUCUUACCCUGCUAAUCCCUCCUUCUCCCCCCAGCCUUUCUACCCUUGCCAGCCUGUGCAUUGCAGCAGGAAGCCGGACAGCAGGCAAUGUGGUUGCUCAUCAAAAUUUCAGGAGACCAUUGAAAAUAUGGGCUUUUACAGCAGCUAUCCCCCAGCCACGACACUUUACCACCACCUCCCCAGCUCCUACCAGCUUCCCUCGCCACACCAGUACGCCCCCCAUCAGUCCCAUCAUGCCCACUUCCUCCUCAACCCCGCCAGAUUCCACAGGCGGAGGAGCAGGUUGCUGCGGGAGGGAGCUUUAGGCGGAGAAGUUGAGGGUGAUAUAGGAGGCAGUGGAGGAGGCCCACACCUCAGCUCAGGGUUCACAUCCAGCCUCUCCUGUGGCUGUGGUAGGAGCGAACACAAACACAAACAUAAACACCGGCACCGGCACUGCGAGCGAGACAUGGAUGACGAGGAGGAGUUACACGAGGAGGAGGAGGAGGAAGAUGGAAUGGAGAGAGAGGGGUUGGCUACUUCAAAGCCAAGGACAGGGUUUAUUUUGGGGCAAAGUGAAGGAGGACGGAAAGGGGCAAGAGGAAUGGGGUCCGCUGCUGCUUCUACAUCAUCAUCCUCAGCAGAGAGGUUCAAACACACAUCUCUCACCUCACUGGGGCUGGGUUCCUCUCACCUGUCUUCAUUUGGAGGAAGCUGGGGUGGUCUGGGCCAGCGCUGGACCAAGUUUGGGGGCCUGGGAGGGACAGGAUUUGGAAAUACUCCCAGCUGGAGAGGCUUCACUGGAGAGCAACAUGCAGGCAGACGGAUCGCAUCGGAUGGAGAGGACGAAGACGGUGAGGACGAGUCACACCUGUACAGGACGUCACCGUCCCCAACACACACCAACCUGUUCACAUCAGCUGCCAUGGCAACAGGGGGGAGGGGUCUGAGGGGCGGAUUGGCCGGUAGGAAUCCAGGAAGUGGGGACAGGUCAUGGAGGAAAGAUGAGCCAGCAUGGACUGAGAGGAGAGAAGCAGGUUUACAAGGUGCUUCAAGAAGCCGGGGGCAGCAGAAAACCGUGCCAACGCCAGACAGUGUGGCAGAGGGGGAAAAAAGAAGGCCAGGGCGGCCCAGGAAGCAUCCGCUGCCCUCCACUGUAUCCUCCCCCGUGCACUUAUCUGCAGCUCCCUCUUUGUCAUCACCCGACCUCUUGCCAGGACACAACAGAGAUGGGAGAGAAGUGGGAGGGCCCGAGAGAGAUAGAGGAAUCGACACAGUGCAGCAGGUGACAGAGUUGGAGCAGCAGGCGAGGAAGAAAAGGGGACGGAAAAGAAAACAUGGUGACUCUCCUUGUCAUCAGAGUGUCGCUGAGGAUAAACCCGAGUGUGACACCCCCCCUGAAUGUUUUAGCCCAUCCGAUGUCGACCAGGCUCCAUCUGAACCAGUAACCAUCCAAAGAGAGGAGACAGCAGAUGGGCCUCCCAGGAAGACGUUUCUGAGGGCGGGUCUUUACUCUGAUGAUUACAAAACUACAGAGUGGGUUGAGAGAAUUCAUAAACAAACUACUACAACAUUUUAUAUCCAUUUUUUUUGUUUAUGUUUUAAUGUUUUUUUAAGUCUCUUUCCUAGCCCACCCUCCCAAGCCCGGCAGUUGUGCAGAGAGAGUAUGGAUUACUCACCGGGGGAGCAUGAAUAUAGCCUUUUACCUGCUCCCAUACAUGUUGGGAAGUACCUUAGGCUGAAGAGGAUCCAUUUCCAGUUACCCUAUGAUGUUAUGUGGCUGUGGCAGAACAAUGAGCUUCAAAAGCAGCCUGCUGUCCCCCUGAAGAGGAAGCGGCGUUACUGCCGGCUGAAGGAGAGGAUUGUAUCAUCUCAUCGGACAGCUGAGGAGAGCUGCAGCGACAUUACUAGCUGGUUUCCGCACCUCGACAUGGAGCCUCUGACCAGCACUGAGAGGAGCUUUGUGGUGAAACACCACGUGUUCCUUGUGAGGAACUGGGAACUCGUGAGAGACAGACAGAUCAGACUGAGGAUAGAGAGGGAGCGAGACGCAGAGGGAGAGGAGCAGGACUCACAACGUCUGUCCUGUGAUGAAGCCAAUGGGGACGACAGCCACAUCAAGUCAGAUCAGCAAGUGGGGGUGGAGGUGACGGUUAUCAGCAGUGACCCCCACCAUCAGAGUCAGGACACCUCCAGCUCGCUCACUGCCAGCCCCUGUCCCACCAAAACCCAGAACAGACAAGAGGAGGAGGGAGAGGACGAAAAACGAGGGGAAGAAGAAGUCUGCAGCAGAGAACAGAGGAGGAAACGGCUGAAUGAUUUACUUUUGACCCUUCAGCAUUCAUAAGCUAACAAUGAGAGGUGGGACCACUCUGAGAAAGGGACCAGGCCCACCACCGGACAGAUGGACAGGAACUGAUGUCACAACACUGCUACUAACAGUAGUAGUGCCACAGAGAACAAGCGAGAAAACCAAGAAGCGAGAUGGAGAAUUAUAGCAGCUGAAAAAAAUGCAAGAAAGACUCAUCUCACACACUGACAGAUGAGUGCGGUGAACCUAGCGCUUUGAAGGGCAUCACACCAAGGAUGAAACCAUGGCAACACAUCUUUUGUCCAAGCGGCAAAGGGAUGAGAGAAACUGAGACAAACUGUCCUGGAUGAAAUAAAUAAAAAGAAACAGACCAGCUGAAAUGAAUUUGCACUAGUGCUGGAUGAUCAAGCACACUAAAGACUGUAUGUAUGUAUGCUGAGUGAACACACUAUAAACACACACACAUACACUUUGAUUGCUCUUACUUAGGCACCUUAAGCAAAGACAGACAUUUGUCGGAGACUGAAAGUGGACAUAUAUGGUACUCAACAUUUCAGCUCGGAAGUUUCCAAGAGACGAGUAGCUCAGGAGCUGCCCGGGGAUACAAACAUGUAGCCUGGGCCUUAAGUAGGUCAAUAUUGAACCCUCUUUACUCAUUAAGCUUUCAAAGUCACAUUGCACCUUUGGGGAAUGACACUUGGAGAAAUGAACCAGUUGAAAGCUGUUGAGACAGUGGUAGGGUUUUUUUUUCUUCACUUUACCAAGACAGUGUCUGCAAUGUAACAGUGAAUAGGCUGGGGAGGGGGUGGGCUUUGUGAUAGGAAUUUUGGCAUCGCUGCAAGAGAAUUUCUAAUGAGGUUUUAAGAAAGAACUUAUUUUUGGAAAAAAAAGACAGCUUGAGCACUGUCUGCUUAAGAGAUGGGCAAAAUAUAUUCAUGAUAGGAAUGUUUAUUGUUGAAUAUUUUCAGUAUUGCUUCCUGGGGAAGGGAGAGAGAGAGAGGGGUAAAAAGUGUUUUGUUUACUUCAGACUGCCUUUGAGAAUGUUUUUGCUCCAGAGCAUUGACAAUCAGAAUGUCUUAGGGGGAAGAAAGGAGACAAAACUAGAAUUGAUUUGCCCCAAAUGCUCUGUAGAAGUGCCAUGUGGUCUUGUGUACGUACCUAAGCUAACUCAUGCAGUCUUUAAAAGCAAUAUCUCCUCUGAUAAGGACUAUAUAAGGACUUCCUUUGUUAUGUUUUUGUUUUUUUUGUUGUGAAUAUGCGAGGAUUGGAGGUCAUUUUUCUGUACAGCUACAUAGUAGAUUGUUCUUAUGUUAGGAGCAUCGGGCUAAUCCACUUAGUGGAAGUAACCAUAAACGUUUAGCUUCAUGUGAAUGUACAUAGAGAGAGACCUGUUUUCCUUCUAUCUGCAGUAGCGUGUAAAAUGAGUAUUAUACAUGACAAUAUUAUUGGGAUUAUACAUAAAACUUAUUAAUCAAAUAUUUCGUUUUACUAACAUGUUUUUGAAAGAGUAUAAAGCUGACCAAUAUAUCAGUCAUUUGUCUCUAAAAUUGACUAUGAUUGUAUACGAUUUUUUGUAGAACUAUAUAACUUGUCUUUUUUGUUAGCUGAGUGUACAUUUUUCAUUUUUGGAUUAUUGGUCAGACAAUCAGUGACAGUGAAUUAGUCUUUCCAGUGUUACAUUUCUGCUCUCUUUCAGUAGUGUGGCUUCUAAUAACAAGCCAAAAAAGUGCAAUUUCUUUGACUGUUUACAUACUGUAUGUAUAUUUUUCCUCUUUCCUUUUUUUAACUAAGAGCACUACAUUAUUGCCAGUGGAUGAUUAACUUUAUAGCAAAGGUACACAUAAAGAGUUAUUUAUCUAGUUUGCAUGACAUGUAACCUUUGCCUGUUGCCUCUGAUAAUAUGCAUCUGAAAAACAAAAACAUCAAAAACAGUUAUAACUCAAUGCCAUAGAAUGUCAGCUAAGACUUUUUGCCUCUAUAACUAUAAUAAUAAAAGCAUUUUAUGUCUACUAGU